AAUUCUUCAGGAUGCUAGGUGCAAUGCAGCGGAUGUUAAUCCUCCGAACAGAUGUCUUGACUGUUUCCAUCAUACCUAUGGCCAGGUAUGCCAAGGCUGCUGCUGGUGUUUCAGGUAAGAUCUACCAAGAGGUGAAGGAUAUGGAACAAAGAGUGAGUAUCCUUGUCUUUGACAUGCUUGUUGAAGCAGUGAUGGGACUUGGGAAGAAAGGGAAAGGGAAGGCAGGUGGCACAAUGGAGAAGAAGACUUUGCCUGUAGAAACUGAUCCAGUGAAGCUUUGUACACAUGUUUGUGGAAGCAAUAUCUACAAGGAAGGGGAGGAUGUGAAACUGAAGCCUGACUCAGAAUAUCCAUCAUGGUUGUGGCAACUUCGUCUUGGUCCUCCCCCUCCACUGGAAGAACUGGACCCAGAGACACUCUACUAUUGGCUGCGGGUAAAUAAACUUGCCUUACGGAGAAGAAAUCAACUCUCUGCAGCCAGAAGACUCAAGUUUCUUAAUAGCACAGUCUCUUUAGUCAUGAUGGCAGAACAAGAUGAUCUCUUUGAUGAUGAUAAACUGAGGCAAGAAGACAGCCCUGAUGAAUUGUUUGCCUCUGCUGUCCAGUCUCAAGCUGAGCUUCAGUCUCCAGAUGAUAAGACUGAUGUCCCCAUCUCAUCAUCAGACAGCCAGACUCCUCAUCUUCAGGAUGAAGUGCCUCUAAAUGAUGACAGUGAUCUGGAUAUCUUGCCUGCAUCUGAUGGGAAACCAAAACUGGAACUCUCUUAUGAGCCCCUGAAGCAGGUUGAGAAGGGACGGGAACCAGCCUCAGGAACUUCAUCUGGAGUCCAACAGGCCAGGGUAGAAGAGGGGGAGAAAGAUGACCACUUCAUUGAGGUUGUGGUAACAGAACCACAAAAGGUGGGAGAGGGGAUGAGCUCAUAUAUAAUCUACAAGGUUGAGACCAAGACCAACCUCCCGUUCUUUCGUCGGAGGAGCAUGAGCGUCUCUCGCCGCUUCUCUGACUUUCUUGGCCUCCAUGACCGCCUUGAGGAAAAGUACCUUCAUGCAGGGCGCAUCAUCCCACCAGCUCCUGAGAAAAGUGUAAUUGGGAUGACAAAGAUAAAGAUGUCAAAUAGUGAGACAGCCCAGCAAGGGUCAUCAGCAGAGUUCUUGGAGAGGCGUCGUGCAGCCUUGGAGAGGUAUCUCAAUCGCACUGCUGCUCACCCAACCCUCAAGGCUGACCCUGACUUCAGGGAGUUCCUUGAAGCAGAAGGGGAGCUGCCAAAGACUCCUUCUGCUCUGUCUGGUGCUGGGGUCCUGGGACUCUUCAAACGAGUGGGAGAAACUGUCAAUAAAAUCACGUACAAGAUGGAGGAAUCUGAUCCUUGGUUUGAAGACAAAGUCCUCCAAAUUGAGAGCCUGGAUUCCCAACUGAGGAAGCUCCACACAUCAGUUGAAGCCUUAGCUCAAUACAGGAAAGAGUUGGCUUCUAACACAUCCAUCUUCUCACGCUCAGCAGCUCUGCUGUCCAAUUGUGAGGAGCAUUCUUCACUUGCCCGUGCCUUGUCCCAGCUUUCUGAAUUAGAGGAGAAGAUGGAGAUGAUCCAUUCUGAGCAAGCCAAUGCUGACUUCUUCCUUCUCAGUGAACUACUUAAAGAUUAUAUAGGCCUCAUGGGAGCUGUCAAGGCGGCAUUCCAUGAGAGGGUGAAGACAUUCCAGAUGUGGCAGCAUGCCCAGCAGACUUUGGUGAAGAAGAGAGAGAACAAGGCUCGAAUGGAGCUGGCAGGUCGCACUGAUAGAGUUGCUCAGGCCAAGGAAGAAGUUACUGAGUGGGAGGCAAAGGUAGAAAGGUGUCAGGAAGAAUUUGAAAGUAUCUCAAAGACCAUCAAGACAGAGAUGACCCGUUUUGAUGAGAACCGAGUCAUGGAUUUCCGCAAUACCAUCAUUAAGUACCUGGAAACCCUACUUAGGCACCAGCAACAGAUAAUGAAGUAUUGGGAGGCAUUUCUGCCUGAAGCCAAGUCCAUCAUGUAGACACAGCCUUCCCCGUUUCUGUCACGAAGGACAGGAGUGUCCCUGGCACACCCGUAUGUGAUACCACCCUUUUUCCCAUCUCUGUGCCCAGGGGAUUUUGUAUUAGUCCUUGUUUACCCCUUUUCCAUCCAAGUUGUGUUUUAUCAUUAUAUCUGAAGUGGUUUUGAGGCAACAAUUCUCCUGGCAUGGGAAAGCGAUGUCUUUUCAACCAAUCUUACAUUUUUCUUAUUUCUCAGAGGACUUCUUUAUAUUAAAAAAAAAUUCCUUGUUUGGAAGCCAAUGCAAAGGAACUUGCAAUAUCUGCCUUGCGACCUACCAUGAUUAGAGAAAUGAGGCUGAGUUGGCUAAUGAUGAAGGGAAUGAAUGGAUGUGAUUUAAGGUGCUCCCUUCUGGCUAUCUUUAAAUGGAAUCUCGCUGAGGGUUGCGAAUAUCAACCCAUGCACAAAUCUCAAUCAAUUGUAUUACAGCCUUACUUCAUAGUUAUCCUCAUCUCAUACCUAGCAAUAAAUAAUAUAUGGAAAAAUUAUUUCAGCAUUUAUUUGGUUCCAAAUUUUGAAUAGCAACCCUUGAAUUCACAUUCACUCUGCCUCCUACUUCCACAGGGGAUUUACAAACAACAAACUUGGUCUUGGUGCAUGCUGAUUCUUCAGGGGAAUCUCAGGGUCCAUUUUAAGUUCAAUUACUGUUCUGUAGCCAAUUGAGUUGCACUGGUCACGACUACAUGAAACUUUGCCAAAAAUGGGCUGAAUAGAACCAAAGGACAAUGUGAAUACUGACUUCUGUCAUCUCCAUGUUGAUAUCUUUGAACAGGGUUCACAGUCUAUGGUGAAAGUUCUUCAUGGGAACCAUGUUUACUUGUUUCACUGACUGAGCUGCUGCUGAAUACACACCUUCAAUAUAUAUCUUUGGUGCAGCAUCAGUCAGUUGACUGCAAACUGAUUAAUGAACCAUGAGUAUUCAGGGAACACUGGUUGCAUGCAAUCUUAUCAAUUUCUGGGCUCAGUGUAAGACAGCACCAAGGAAAAUUUUGGAAAAUUUGAAUUGUUGUUACAGAUUAUGUAUCAGAGCUAUCAUGUUUCAUAUGGAAUCAAAUAAUUUUCUGUCUCAUUGCAAAAGUGGCCUCAUUCUUUUAUCCUACCGGUGCAAGUCAAUGGAAAUGUCACACUUGACUUGAUGUAUCCAUAGACUGGCAUACAUGGACUCAGUCAUAUAUGAUUGAGUUCAAUUCUCUCAAAAUGGAAUGCAGUAGCUUAGCACUGUCUCCUGAGCUAUUUAUUUGCUACACAAGACAAGUAUAGAACUGUGGAGACUUUCAAAAAGCUGAAAAUAUGCUGAAAACUGAAAUGGAAAAAGCUGUUGAAAAUAUUAAAAAAUCUGGAUUUUUACUAGCUUCUGCAUGAAGGUUUUUCCAGUUUGAUAUGGUUCCUUUCCCUUGAAUAAAAUUAUCAGCAUUAAGAGUUUAACAUCUCUACCAUCAUCAGAGGAUUCAAAAUUUACAUUGUGAGGGAAUGAAUGGUUUGACUGUGUAAGAUCAUUAAAUUUUAGCGAACAAGUUAAAGUUAAUUCAAGCCAUGAAGCCAUCUCAUCGGGGUCAAAGAGAAAGGGAAAUACUUGGAGGUUUCAAUCAUGCCAUUGGGAAUAGAUGUCUAUCCUUCCACUAUUAAUUCUUAAGUUUGCUAUUAUUUUCACAAGCUUGUUGGUGUUAGAUAAUGUUUUGUUGUGCUUGAUAUCAUUCCAGUGAAUGUAUUUUGUGGAUUGGAAUGCUGCUUAUCCUUGCCGAUGUAUUCCUCCUGCCAGAGCAAUGAAUAAACAUGAAUGGAAAAUGUUGAACUGAAACCAAGA